GGCCUCCCCCCCCUUCCCAGGGGGCAGCCGCGCGUGGGGCGCGCGGCCAGCCGCCCCGCCGCGCCGCUUCCAGGGGAGUGCGGGCGCGCGACUAACGUCAAGCUGACGCGCGGGGCGCGCGUCGGCGCGCGCUGGAGCGGCGGAGGCACCCUGUGUGCGAUGUCGCUGCGGCGAGCUCUGGCCUGCGCCACCGCAGUCGAGGGGGCCCUCGCCGCCCUCAGCCUGGAGCAGUCCCUCGAGGAGGCCGUGCUCGAGCUCCGGCAGCGGGUCUACGUCGCUGAUAGCCUCGUCGCCCCGCUCCCGCCUGGCACCUGCGACUCCCACCUGGACGGCCCCCGCUGCGGCCACGUGGGCUUCGGUGGCGCAGGCGCCCGCGCCGCGUCCCGCGGGCCGCGCGGGGCGGCGCUCGCGGACGGCGUCCUCUCCGCCCGGCUCUUCGCCUCUGCCGACGGCCAGUGGAUCUUCGACGAGCCGCUGCUGGGCACGGCCCGCGCGGCGCCGCCCGCCGCGGAAGGCGCCGCCGGCGGCGAUCUGGACGCCACGGCUGCAGGCGGCCGGCAGGGCGGCGAGGCGACGAGGAGCGGCCCUUCGCGGGCUCCCCUGCCGCGCGCCCGCUCCGCGCUGCUGUCCUUCCGCGGCCUGGAGCCCUGGCAGAGGACGCUGCCUACGGAUUUCGCCGGCCGGCGAGGCGGUUUCCCCUUCGCCGUGCGGUGGAUCGGGCCGUGGUCGCUGUCGUCCAGCCCGUUGCCGUCCAGCCAGGUCGUGAGGCGGGGCCAGUUCGUGGCCCAGCUGCAGGGCCCCGUCGGCGGGCUGCGCUUCGGGCGCGCCGUGCACCUGCAGGCAAUCGACCUGGCGCAGCCUCGCCACGGCAGCGCUCCGGGCCAGCGCGCCUCCAGCGUGCCCGUCGUUCAGCACUGGGCCGCCUCCUGGCGAUGA